CGCAUUGGCCAAAUAUAGAAAUAAAUCUUCUUGAAAUCUGAAUUCGAAUAUCUUGUCAGGGUGAUUAACUUCUCAGCUACCAUCAUCAUAUCCUCUUCCAACAAAAGAUCGUAAAGAUGGCUAACGCACCACAUGGAGGCAUUUUGAAGGAUUUAGUCAUUCGUGACGCUCCAAUUCAAGAACAAUUAAUCAAAGAAGCUUCAACUUUGCCAGAUGUCAUUUUGACCGAACGUCAAUUAUGUGAUUUGGAAUUGAUCUUAAACGGUGGUUUUUCACCUUUGGAGGGUUUCAUGGGUCAAGCAGAUUAUCAAAGUGUAGUUACAAACAUGCGUUUGGCUGACGGUGCUCUUUGGCCAAUGCCAAUCACUUUGGACGUUUCAUCUCAACAAGUAGAAGCAUUGAAAUUACAAGCAGGAAGCAGAAUCACUCUUCGUGAUCCUCGUGAUGAUAACGCUUUGGCAAUCUUGACAAUCAGUGACUUGUACAAGCCAAACAAAGAAGCUGAAGCUCUUCACGUUUUCGGCUCAAACGAUGUUGCUCAUCCUGCAAUUUCUUAUUUGAGCAAAAAUGUUCAAGAUGUCUACAUUGGUGGUAAAGUUCAAUGUGUCUCUCGUCCAAAAUAUUACGAUUACGUCGCUUUACGUUUCACACCUGCCGAACUUCGUCAACAAUUCAACAAAUUGGCAUGGCGUAAAGUCGUUGCAUUCCAAACACGUAACCCAAUGCAUCGUGCCCAUCGUGAAUUGACCGUUCGUGCUGCUCGUCAACGCCAAGCAAAUGUUUUGAUUCAUCCUGUCGUCGGAAUGACAAAGCCAGGCGAUGUGGACCAUUACACCCGUGUUCGUGUUUACACAAGCUUGAUGCCUCGUUAUCCCAACGGAAUGGCUCAAUUGGCUCUCUUGCCUUUGGCCAUGAGAAUGGGUGGACCACGUGAAGCUGUUUGGCAUGCCAUCAUUCGUAAGAACUUUGGUGUUACACACUUUAUCGUCGGACGCGAUCACGCAGGUCCGGGUAAGGACAGUACAGGAAAGGACUUCUAUGGCCCUUACGACGCACAAAGUUUGGUUACCAAAUAUGCAGGCGAAUUAGGAAUCGAAAUGGUACCUUUCCAAAUGAUGACUUAUUUGCCUUCAACUGAUGAAUAUCAACCAAUCGAUGAAGUGCCAGCCGGAACACAGACAUUGGAUAUCAGUGGUACAGAAUUGCGCAAGAGACUUCGUACAGGUGCAUCAAUCCCAGAUUGGUUCUCUUAUGAAAGUGUUGUGAAAACAUUGAGAGAAUCAUACCCACCCAAGACCAAACAAGGUUUCACAAUCUUCCUUACAGGAUUGUAUAACUCCGGUAAAGAUGAUAUCGCCCGUGCCCUACAAGUCAAAUUCAACGAACAAGGAGGCAGAAGUGUUUCACUUUUGUUGGGUGAAACUGUUCGUUCUGAAUUGAGUUCCGAAUUGGGCUUCACACGUGAAGAUCGUGAUAAGAACAUUCAAAGAAUCGCAUUCGUUGCUGCUGAAUUGACAAGAGCUGGUGCAGCAGUGAUUGCUGCCCCAAUUGCACCUUUCGAAUCUUCACGUAAAUCAGCCAAAGAAACAAUUCAAAAGACAGGUGGAAGUGGUAACUUUUUCUUGGUUCACGUUUCUACUCCUUUGCAAGUUUGUGAAGCAACUGAUAGACGUGGAAAUUACGCAAAAGCAAGAGCAGGUCAAAUCAAGGGUUUCACAGGCGUUGAUGAUCCUUAUGAGAUUCCAUCGGAUGAUCAAGUUAACCUACGUGUUGACCUUACUCAAAUGACCGUUGCUGAAGCCGUUCACUCGAUCGUCUUGUUGCUCGAAGCAGACGGUCUCAUCUAGAUUACUCUUUACUCAACGUGUAUUACAUACGCUACCUAAAAUCUGCAACUUUGUCUAGAAAUAGAAAUAGACUCAUUUCGUUCUUAUUUUCGUGAGUGUUUUGUGGUGGAUAUAAAUGGUAUUCG